AUGGCUCGCCAGGCAGAGAGGAGGAGGGCACAGAAGUGGCAGCAAGAGUGUGAGCGGCAGUACGGAGGCAGCGGGGAGGAUGGGGAAGAAAACAGCCAGGCCCAGGGCGCCACCACCUCCCUGUUUGCGCUGCUCACAGCGGGCAGCGGGCACCGACCUGUGCCCGAGGCAGCCCCGGAGAGGGUGGAGGUGUGCAGACUAGAGAUGGCUGUUGUUGAGGCUGCUGACCGUCUGUGUUCUUAUUUCCCGCAUUCAAAGCGAUACAUGGAUGGAGGAGUGAGUGACAAUGUGCCCUUCGCUGAUGACAAAACAACCAUCACCGUGUCCCCCUUCUUUGGGGAGCAUGACAUCUGCCCCAAAGUCAAGUCCUCGAACUUUCUUCACGUGAACUUCUCCAAGCUGAGUUUACACCUCUGCCUGGGAAAUGCCUACCUCCUGGCCAGAGCAGUCCUACCUGGAGAUCCCAAGGUGCAUGGAGAAAUAUGCCUUCGAGGCUAUUUAGACACUGUCAGAUUCUUGGAAGAGAAGGGCAUCUGCGAGAGGCCUGGACCGUGCCUGAAAUUAGCCUCAGAAGCCGUGGAGUCAGAGACCAGUGCCAGCUGCUGGGAAGACAGGAGCCUGGAGCCUCCCCGGGAGGCAGUUGCCUUGGAGACGAAGCCUGAGGAAGACGAGCUCCUGGCCCACCUGCGCCUCAGCAUCCUGCCGUGGGAUGAGCGCAUUCUGGAGACGGUCUCCUCCAAGCUCUUAACAGCACUGCGGGAAGCCAUUAAAGAAAAACGUGGAUGCACGAGCAAGAUUUGCAACUUUCUGCCCGUCAGGAUAAUAUCCUAUCUUAUGCUGCCCUGUACCCUGCCUGUGGAGUCCGCGAUCGCUGUCGUCCAAAAACUGCUGAUGUGGCCCCCGGAUAUUUACGAUGACCUGCAGUGGCUGCUGUGGGUGACUUCCCGAGUCUGUUAUCGAGUGGUGACGUGUCUGCUCCCCACUUCCAGAUCCCAAGCUCCAGCAAGCAGCCAAUAGGCUUCCCUUUGCAAAGCCGAGCCCGACGGACACUGCUGGCCUCCCUUCUCCUCCAUGGCCU